GGGCGUCCGGUCCUGCGGGGCCACGGGGCUGAGACUUCUUUGCCUUCUCCUCAUCGCUCCGUCCUCUUCCUCACCUUCGUGCUCGCCACGCGACAUCUUUGGGGAAAAGAGGAAAAAAGUCUUUGCUUUCCUUCGAUUCGCCGCCUUCAUUUUUUUUUCUGCCCGGAUUUUCUUUGGCGGCUGAAUUCCCCAAUGAAAUUUUCCCCGUUCAAAUUGUAAGCGUGGGGGAAAAAAAAAAAUAAAAGUAUCGCAGCCGACAGGCAAAUAAUUUUCUCUUGCCGUCUGUCACUUUUUACAACUUCCAGAAGAAAAAAGUAACAACAACUUCUUUUGGUUUUCCUGCCGGACAUUCUUCCCGUUGCUCUCGUUCGUCAUCUUGUUCUACUUCUUCUUCUUGGUCCCGGUCCCGGUUUGGGUCUUCGGGCAUGUUCGGGAUUCACGACGGCGUCCCGCGAGGUUCUUCGGCGAGCCUGAAGGAGGAGCCGCCGUUGGUUCGCUCAUGGAUGCACUCGAGCGGCGUGCUGGACGCCAAUGCCGCCGCUCAGAGCGGGGUGGGUUUAGCACGAGCCCACUUUGAGAAGCAGCCGCCAUCCAAUCUGAGAAAGUCCAACUUCUUUCAUUUCGUUUUGGCGCUGUACGACCGCCUGGGUCAGCCCGUGGAAAUCGAGCGCACCGCCUACGUGGACUUUGUGGAGAAGGAGAAGGAACCCACCGCAGAAAAAACCAACAACGGCAUUCACUAUAAACUCCAGCUGCUCUACAGCAACGGAGUUAGGACGGAGCAAGACCUUUACAUCAGACUUGUUGACUCCGUGACCAAGCAGGCGAUCAUCUAUGAAGGUCAAGACAAGAAUCCGGAGAUGUGCCGAGUCCUGCUGACCCACGAGAUCAUGUGCAGUCGUUGCUGUGAUAAGAAAAGCUGCGGAAACAGAAACGAGACACCGUCCGACCCCGUCGUCAUCGACAGGUUCUUCCUCAAGUUCUUCCUCAAGUGUAACCAGAAUUGUCUGAAAAAUGCUGGAAACCCAAGAGACAUGAGGAGGUUCCAGGUGGUGGUGUCCACAACGGUCAACGUGGACGGACAUGUCCUUGCCGUCUCAGACAACAUGUUUGUGCACAACAACUCCAAGCAUGGCCGCCGAGCUCGUAGACUGGACCCGUCCGAAGGUACAGCACGACUGGAGAGAUCUUAUCAAAGGAUCCAGAGAGGAACUUCCUCUCCGUGCAUCAAGGCCAUCAGUCCCAGUGAGGGAUGGACGACUGGGGGGGCCACAGUCAUCCUCAUCGGAGAAAACUUCUUCGACGGCCUUCAGGUGGUCUUCGGCAGCAUGUUAGUGUGGAGCGAGCUCAUCACGCCGCACGCCAUCCGUGUGCAGACCCCACCCCGACACAUCCCCGGAGUGGUGGAGGUCACCUUGUCAUACAAGUCCAAGCAUUUCUGCAAAGGGGCACCCGGACGCUUCAUCUACACGGCGUUAAACGAGCCCACCAUUGAUUACGGCUUCCAGAGGUUACAGAAAGUCAUUCCCCGGCACCCCGGAGACCCGGAGCGUCUGCCCAAGGAAGUGCUACUGAAACGAGCCGCUGACAUGGUGGAGGCGUUGUAUGGGAUGCCUCCUAGCAACCAGGAUGUGAUCCUGAAGCGAGCGUCGGACAUCGCGGAGGCGCUCUACAGCGUCCCGCGGAACCACGGGCAGAUCCCCUCGCUGUCAAACGCGGCUUCCCACGGCAUGAUGGCCAUCAACUCCUUCGGUGGCCAACUGGCAGUCAAUGUCAAUGACACGACUCAAGGCCUGUACACUCGCAACGGAAACAGCCAACAAUCCGCCAGAGGUUACGCCCCCAGCUCCACCCCCCAGCAGAGUAGCUACGGCAGUAACGUCAGCAGCAGCAUCAACGGCUAUGCUAAUACUAGCGUUCCCAACCUCGGGGUGGCAUCUUCACCCAACUUCCUCAAUGGCUCCUCAGCCAACUCCCCCUACGGCAUUGUGACGACCAGUCCCACCAUGACGGUGUCCAACUGUAGCUCCGCCCACAGCGUCUUCGCUUUCUCGGCUAACGUAAAAGCAAAGAGCGCCUUCGCUCCUGUGGUUCGAGCCACCUCCUCGCCGCCACUGCCGACCAAUAACUGCGGAGUCUCCUCUGGACUGCAAGGUGAUCGCUUGAUAUGCACGCACAAUUGCACGCAAACACACACACACAGUGUAAGAUGGGGCGGGUGUCAGUAUUUGCUCUGUACUGGUGCACAAGUGUAUUUGUUGUUUCAAAUAAAUCCACAAUCGCUGUGUAUGUGUGUGUGUGUGUGUGUGUUCAUCAAUCAAUCAUUCAGAUUUAUUUCCAGACUCGGGAUCCAUGCGUAAACAAGUUUUAAAAUACAUUCAAAUAGUCCUCAAAUAUACAUAUAUGCAGAGGUGGAUAGAGUAGCCAAAUAUUGUAUUCAAGUAAGAGUACUGUUACU